UCGAAAUAACAAAGAGAUAUCAAUGAUAACGGAACGACAAAAUAGCCGGUCCAUAAAAGGGAUGAAUUGGAAAAUAGUUGAUCGUCAAAAAUUAGCACAGUUAAGGUUAUCGCAACCUUGUGCUACACUAAUUUCAGUCAGAUCGGUAUAUAAACCUGCAUUCAGUAAGAUCGUAAGCAUUUUUCGCCCUUUCCAUCUUAUGAAAAUGUCCAAAUAUUUACCGGUAGAUUGUCUUGUAAAAAUCUUUGCAAAUUUUGAUGAGGAUGCCAACACGUUGCAUUCUUGCACCCUAGUUAACACUCAGUGGUGUGAAAGCGCGGUGUUGAUCUUAUGGAGUAAACCAUUUCGAUUUUUACAUACAUUUAAAGAUAAAAAAACCUGCUUACCAUGGUCAGAAAGGGCGGCCAGUCUUCUUAGAGUAUAUAUGUCAUGCCUCCAAGAUCAAGAAACAUGUAACUGUCAACCCUAUAAAUUACCCAUUUUUAACUACAUUCAAUUCUUAAAAUCCUUAGAUAUCAGCGAAUUUUCAGAAGCUGUGUUGGGAUAUUUACAGAAGGAACAAGGUAAACUUAUACAUCAACCAACCUCCUCUCAUACCAAAUUACAUUCCUUCAACAUGAGCGUUUUUGGACAAACAGUAAUAAAACCUCAGCGUAUGGGGUGUAGGAGGACCAUGGCUUCCACUUCAAUAAGUGGGUGUGACGCCACUAUCGCAUAUUUGCUCAACACAGAUAUUCUCGGAAAACUAUUAAUGAAUCAUUCCGUAAUCAUUAAGACUUUGCGUGUUACUUAUCAAAAAUCGUGCGCAAUAGAGCCUCAUUUAUGGUUUCAUACACUCCUUCCAAAUACCAAUCAUCGACUCUCUCAACUAUCCAGUUUGAUCUGCACGACUCCAUGUCACGCGCAAUUGUUUCAUACACUUUCCAAAUUUGCAGUCCAUUUACGAAAGAUAAAAAUUUGGAUGGACAUUCCACCCGCACUAGUUAAUCCCAAAAAUUUAUUGAAACACGGAAUCGAGAGUCUCAAUGCACAAGUUGAAGGUAUCACCGCAUUGAUCAGGUCUCAACAAGAAUUAAAAGAAUUUGAACUUGGGUAUACCGAAAUAGGAUUAAGUGAAAUCAUUUCCGCAUUAAUCACCCAGACAAAUUCUUUGCGGAGUAUAAUAUUUUUCAAAGUUAAUUUCAAGAAUUGGAGACCACUUGUUAGGUUGGUUGAACUUGUGAAUUUAGAAGAACUUUUACUAAAUUCAUGUUAUUAUUUGCCAACUUGUGUUGCAAGCUUAUCAACUGGUAUUGAAGAUAUGACGGAUGUUCAUGAAUUUGAGUCUAAGAUUGAAAAACUAGAAAUUUCAUCUGCGCCAUGCGGAGCAAUUGAAUCUAUUUUGCGUAGAGCAAAUGUUGGUUUAAAAGAAUUGGUCAUUUCCAAUAUUUCCAUACCACCUUCUACACUUAAUACAUCAAUUUCUCCGGGGUCAACGUCAUCUCUUCAACAACAGCAACAGCAAACGGUAGCGACCACACUUCCACCCAAUCGAGUUUUACAGACCAUCUCACAAUAUUGUCCGAACUUAACAUUGGCAAAAAUUUACGUUGAUGCCAAUUCAUUACCAUAUUUACAUACACUCUUUUUUUCAUGUCCAAAAAUACGAACUCUAACAAUAUUUGGACCACGACAUCCUGAAAUAAAUGUAAAUAAUGUACUUCGAAAAUCGAGUUUAGUUAAUUUGAAUUAUUUGGAAAAUUUAUCCAUACAUUCAUGUUGGACAUACACACCUGAAAGUUUAGAUUUAUUUUUAAGUAAUCCUACAUUAAAGUUGAAAAAAUUGGAAAUUUUAUGGAGCGGGUGUUUUGGAAACGAACAUUUAGACGUUGUUUUGAAAAGAUUAUGUUUAAGAGGGAAUGAUAUGAGAAGAGAGAGUGGGGAAGGUAUAAUGCGCGGGGCAGAUCGGCAGAGAACUAGAGGCAGUCUAAUUGUCAAAAGAAAUAAUGGAUUGGAAUUAUUACAUAUACAAACACAACAAAUAUUAAAAUAUGAAAGAACCGAAAUUAAAAAAUUAAUUAAAAACUUUAAGGUUGGUAAGUGGUAG